AAACCCGAACCGCUUCCUAAAUCCUAAAGCCUCCUCCUUCCACAGACUUCCAAGGGUUUCUCAAAUUCAUUACAAAUCUCAUACCGGCGGACGCGGCGGCGGCGGCGGUGGCGGUUUUUUCCGUUUGCGGAUUUAACCAUGGAUUGCGGAGGAACAAGGCGGAAGCGAGAGCGAUGUGAGGAUUCGAGUGAUGCGAAACGAGAAAGCGGGAUUGAUGACCUACCCGAUGAAAUUCUUGUUUCCAUUUUGUCGCGAUUGAGCCUCAAAGAAGCUGAAAGAACCAGUGUUCUUUCGCGUAGAUGGAGAUAUUUGUGGACGUUUACAUCUGGUAGUCUGGAAUUUGAUGCUUGGAACACCAAGAAAGGAACUCCAAUGAGCCGGAAAGGAUUUCGAGAAUGGGUCAAUCAUGUCCUCGAAUUGCACGAGAACGACCAGAUUGAUAGUUUUAUAGUGCGUUUUCAAGUGUUGUGGGCUGCACGGUUUCUUGAUAACUGGAUUAUUUGUGCUUUGAAAAAGCAACCCAGAAAUUUCGAGCUUAAUUUGUCUCUUGAACCUAUUGUUCGUCGAGGGUAUGAAUUUUUCAAGCUGCCGGAGCUAACAAAGCAUGGGCUCCAAUCUGCCUUUGGCAACUUAAAAUCCCUCGAAUUGGCAUCUGUUGAUAUUACUGAUGAAAUGAUUCAUUAUGUAGCCGCUUCUUGUUGUAUGAGUCUUGAACGGUUGAGUAUAUGUGCCUCUUAUUCUACACAGAGUCUCAAACUAAUUGAUCCGAUGCCAAAGUUGAAAUUUCUUUCAAUAUGUCAAUGUCUCAACAUUAAGAGUGUGGAUGUUUCUGUGGCAAGUCUUGUCUCUUUUACCUACAGUGGAACUGCGAUUGCUUUAUCGAUCAAACAGUGUUCAAAUCUUAAUGAAUUAGAACUAGGUGGGGGAUUGUCCCCGUCUUUUCUAUUUGGCGCUGAUAAAUAUUUGGGUGACUCAAUUCAUUUGGAGAGGCUUAGCUUCGAUCUUCCUUAUUUGUUUGGUGAAAUUCCAAGGGAAAUUGUCUCGAUCAAUUUACCUCAUUAUCAAUCGUUGAAGCAUUUGGAAAUAACAGCUAUGUCUGUCAUUUGGCGAAGUCUUCUCUUCUUCACUAUGUUGAUUAAAACAUGCCCUCUCUUGGAAGAAUUUAAAAUUGAGGUUGGAUACACCUUGGACCCUCAGAUGGAGCGAGCAGUAUUGUUUCCUGAUGUUCAAGCAGCAGAAGCACCUAAAUUUCAUCAUACAAAUCUUAAGCGUGUUGGAUUCGAAGGGUAUAUUGGGUGUCCAAGCAACAAUGAAUUCCUUAUUCAACUAUUUAAAAUAGCGGUGUCUCUUCAGGAGAUGACCAUUGAUACCCGGAAUAAUGAUUUUCUAAUACUGGCAUAUGAUGCUCGACGGCUGAAGAAUAUAAGAAGGUGGAUAGAGCAAAUUCCAUGCACUUAUGCUGGCUCCAGAGAAGAAGCAAAAAAGAUGGCUGAAGAAAUGUGCUCCAGUCUUCAUCUCAAAAAACCACAGGUUAUAAUAAGCUAAGUGAAUCUUCGCAGAUAUAUGCACUAUUUGCUAGUUUGCAGUUUAUACUUUCAAAUAAGAUUUUUAGAUGUGAAAUGUACUUUUAUAUAUAUACACACACACAUUAGAUUAUUUAUUUAAUUUUCUGGGAUGGCCUUGGAAA